AUGGCGCUCGCCGGACGCCUGCGGCUGCUGCUGCUGCUGCUCGCCGCGCGGCCUGAGCCCUCAACUCUGUCCUACAAGGGCCUCGGGGAGCCCUGCGGAGAGCACGCGGAAUGCCAGAGCGACUGCUGCGCCACCAGCAGCCGGGGCCCGCAGAAGUUCUGCACGUCGCGGACGGUCUUCCUGAAGUGCCUGUCCUGGCAGAAGUCGAACGGCUACUCGUGCCUGGACCACACGCAGUGCCGCAGCAAGUGCUGCGUCACCAACAGCGACAGCCCCCUGCGGUUCUGCACCCCGCGGACCCUCUUCUCCCAGUGCCUGCCGUGGCGCAAGCCCGGCCGCGGCUACUGCUCGGACCACGGCGAGUGCCGGAGCCAGUGCUGCCUCCGGCUGACCGAGGCCACGCCCCCGCGCUGCGUGCCGCGCAGCGGGAUCCUGGCCCACUGCCUGCCGCCGCCCGUGAGUGCGGGCCGGCCCCGCGGGGCCGGGCGGCACCUGGGGACGGGCGACGGUGGGGCUGCUACCGCCCCAGGGCUGGGGGCCUGA